CGCAGUCUCUGGUCAUCUCCUGUACUGUGUCCGCAGUCUCUGGUCAUCUCCUGUACUGUGUCCGCAGUCUCUGGUCAUCUCCUGUACUGUGUCCGCAGUCUCUGGUCAUCUCCUGUACUGUGUCCGCAGUCUCUGGUCAUCUCCUGUACUGUGUCCGCAGUCUCUGGUCAUCCCUGUACUGUGUCUGCAGUCCAUUGGUUCAUUGGUUCAGAAUAUUUUUUUUUUUCUUGUUUUUCACCUCUAAAACCUAGGUGCGUCUUAUGGUCAGGUGCGUCUUAUGGAGCGAAAAAUACGGUAAUUUUUUUUUUUUUUUCUUGUGUGUGUAAUUAAAAGCAGC